CACUGUUUCAGACUAAAGGAUGGAGGAUAUUCUGUCCCGUCUCCUGCAGCCGGAUAGCGCCGUCAUCCAGGCAGCUACAGAACAGCUCCGGGUUGCGUUCAAGGACCCAGGUGUGGUCCCGGAGCUGUGCCGGGUUCUAGGAACAUCACCGUCUCCGCAGAUCAGGCAGUACGCUGCGGUUCUACUGAGGAAAAAGUUUUCUAAAUCUCGGAUGUGGGAUAAACUAUCGGCUGAGGAUAAAGCUAAGAUUAAGACUGGAUGCCUGGAAAGUAUUCAGACAGAACUGGACAAAUCAGUUAGUAAUGCGCUGUGUCAGCUGAUUGGAACCCUGGCUAAGCAUGAACUGGGUGGAGCAGGGUGGCAGGAACUCCCUCAAUUCGUCCUGAACAAAGUUAAGAGUGCUGAAGGUAGAGAACGGAUUCAAGCAAUGAGUGUAUUUUCCGUGCUGGCAGACACUGCUGGGGAACAAUUAAAGAAGAGUCUGGAGAACUUCUUGCUCCGGGACUGGUUGUUGAUGCUGAGGAAAACUCUGGAGGAUCCAGAGGAAGAAGUUUGCUUUCUUACAAUCAAAUCACUCUCUCAUUUUGUUAGGAGAACCGGAAGUGAGGAAGCGAAUAUAUUCCAACAAAUGAUCCCUACCGUUCUCGUCAAAAUCAAGCAGCUCGCCGCAUCCAACCAGGACAAGGCAACCAUCGCCCUAGACAUAUUCGACGAUCUGAUCGAGUGUGAGGUGGGGAUCGUCAUCCCGCAUAUCAAACCAAUGGUGGAACUUUGUAUUGCCCUGGCCGCCGAACAAAGUCUGGACGAUCCGUUGAGGAUUAAGGCGGUCACUUUCCUCGGCCGAUUGACAAGACUUAAGAAGAAAACUAUCGUGAAGCACAAGCUUUAUAUUCCUAUGAUCAAUGUUAUUUUCAGCAUCAUGAUGCAGAAUGACGCUGAGGAUGAGGAUGAUGAUGUAGAAGAGGAUGAUGAUACUCCUGCUCUAGCUGCUAGCCAGGCCCUGGAUACACUUGCUCUCAACCUUCCUCCAGAGAAAUAUAUCUCAGCUCUUCUUUCCCAGGUUCAACCUGCACUGGCAAACCCCAACCCGUAUUUCCAGCGCGCCGGUUACCAGGCUCUCGCUGUAUCAGCUGAGGGAUGUCAGGAACAUAUUAGGAACAAGUAUCUGGGCAGCUUCCUGCAAAUUCUAGGUAAUGGGAUCCGUCAUGAGCACCCUGCAGUCCGGAACUCUGCUCUCUACAUGUUGGGUCAGUUCUCCGAGUACAUACAACCAGAGAUCUCCGACUAUGCUGGAGAUAUUCUUCCAGUACUCUUCCAGUACCUGGAUACUGCCUUCCUAGCAAUGCAACCUGGAGUACAGGAGUCCUCUAGUGUAUCCAGAAUUUUCUACGCCCUUGACACCUUCUGUGAGAACCUUGAGGAGAAGUUGGUCCCGUAUCUUGGGGAUCUGAUGAAGAGGGCCCUGGACUCGCUCAACGAGAACUUCUCGAUCAGGGUCCGGGAGCUCGGGAUUAAUCUGAUCGGUUCAGCUGCCAACGCUGUAGGCUCCGAGAUUAUCCCGUAUUUUGAUACAGUUCUUGUUCCUCUACAAGGAUACCUUACCAUGCAGCAUACGGACGAUACUCAGGUGCUACUGACGACAAGUAUGGCAACUUUGAGCAUUCUAGCCCGAAGCGUUGGAAAGGAAAAUUUCAGUCGCGAGUUUGCCGAGAAAUGCAUCAAUAUUGGGAUGCAGUUAGUCGAAUCUAACGACGACCCUGAUGUCAGAAAAUGUGCGUACAAUCUAUUCGGAGCUGUAGCUUCCAUUGUUAAGGAAGAAAUGUCUGCUAUUAUGGAGUCUUGUGUUACAUUAAUGUUGAAGAGUCUGCAGUCUACCGAAGGUAUUCAUCUAGAGGUUGAGGGGGACGACACCAACCUUCCUCUGGACAGCCUAGAGGACGAGGAUGACGAGAUUUCGCUUGAUGAAACUGCUCAGGAGGACGAUGUAGAUCUAGACGAGGUGAAGGCCAUCGGUGUCGAGAAUGCCUUUGUUGCGGAGAAAGAGCAGGCGUUGAUUGCUCUGAAGGAUUUCAGCCUGGAGUGUGGAGCUGCUUUCUAUCCUUAUAUUUAUCAGAGUUUAGAAGAGAGCUGGACUCUACUAGAUUAUCCUGAUGAUGAUGUGCGGGGAGCAGCAAUAUUGGCUACAGCAGCAUUUCUUACUGCUUACUUCAAGAGCGGACAAGCUGAUGGUAUGACAGCCUUCACAAAGGGAACAACUGGAUUCAUCCCCAAGCUCUGUGAGAUGAUUGAAGAGGAAUCCGAGCACAGUGUUGUUAUCUCAAGCUUAGAUGGGAUCACGGAGAUGCUGAAGCACUGUAAGCUCGGGGUAACCUCUCUUCCCGGUAUUCCGGAGAAGAUUGUUACUUCGGUGACCAAGAUAAUGAAAAAGGAGUGUGCCUGCCAGGACAAGGAGGAGGAGGAGGGGUUAGAAGAGGACGAGGAGGCAGAACAGGACGAGAUGUUGUUCGAGUAUGCCGGAGAGGUUCUACCCAACCUGGGACGAGCGAUGACUCCGGACGGAUUUGCUCCGUACUUCAUGGGACUACUCCAGAUGCUGCUUAAGAAGACUAAAAAGCAGUGUAGCACGGCGGAGAGAAGCUUUGCCGUCGGAGCGCUGGCGGACUGCAUGGAGCCGCUUCAGGGCCGCUUAGAGUCCUUCAAGCAGUUUGUCCUGCCCGUGUUCCAGGACUCUGUCAAGGACGAGGAGACUGAUGUGAGGAACAACGCCGUGUACGGGUUGGGUGAGAUGGUUUUGUGGGGAGGAGAGAUCAUGGUUCCACAUUACAACCAGAUACUGAGUAUUCUCUCUAUACUGCUGAAAGGAGAGGGAGCUCCCAGAGUUAUUGAUCAGAUAGUCGGAUGUGUUGCUAGGUUUCUAGUACUUGAGUCUGCAAGUAUACCUAAACAAGAAAUAAUCCCCGUCAUGAUGGAAAAUUUACCCUUGAAAGAGGAUAAGGAUGAAUACGAGAUGAUCUUCAAGGCUCUGACCAAGCUAUACGCAGCAGGUGAUGAAAGCAUUAAGGCAAAUAUACCUAAAAUACUGGAAUGUGCACUGGUAUGUCAGACCGCAAAGGAUAUUGAUAAGAAAACGAUUCUGCCGAUUGUUGCCGAACUGGUGAAACAGAUAUCUCGAGAUUUUGCCGUUGAAUUUCAGGCGGUUACCGCCGCUUUACCGCCGAAUACACAGCAGAGGCUAUUGGCGAUUCUUGCAUAAUCUUAUCUUUUAAGCAAAUCUGUUAAAUAUUGAGCUAUGCACUAACAUUUUUUAUCUCUAGUCUUCAUGCCACUAUUUGCGUAGUUUUCAGUGACCCUUCAGGAAAAGAGGUCAAUGCCCGACUUACAACGGCACUUAAGAAGAAAAACGGCAAAUAAAAUAUUCAAUUUAAUGAAACUAUGUUUACAUCUGAUUCAUUCUUCAUUUGACAUAAGUUUCAAUGGUUGCGUUAUUAAUCGAGCCAAGGCAAUCUUUGCAUGGAGGGUCACUUGAAAUUACGCUUACAGUCCCACUAAACAGUGCCUUUCAUCAGGUCAAUGUCCUCCUUAUAGUAUAUUUGAUAGUAGUCGUGUUCCUUAUCUUCGUGCUAGAAGUGUAUUAUGUGAAAAUUCAUUCAGAUGUGAAAUUGUUAUUUAACCAUUAAUUCUUUGUAAGGUAUUUUUAUCUUGAAUAUAUAUUUUUUUCCUUCA